UUUUUUUAAAAAAACCCAAAAAAAAAAAAAAAAAAACAAAAAAAAGAAAAAAAAUGAAAACUCCCAAUCUCCCAUUGUUGAUUAGCUUGUUUUUUACAUUUUUUAUAGUCGUAAGAUCCCAUAAGGCCGUCGACAUAACAAAAUUUGGUGCUAAGCCUAAUGCAGAUGCAACACAGGGCUUGUUGGGUGCCUGGAAAAAAGCAUGUGCAGCAAAAGCACCUACAACGAUUGUAGUACCUAAAGGAACCUUCUUGUUGAAUGCUGUGAAGCUUAUGGGUCCUUGCAAGGGUCCGAUUACUAUCGAAGUUAGAGGAAACUUCAAAGCACCACCACAAGUAGCCCAGUUUAAAGGCCAAGAUACUUGGGUUAAGUUUGAAAACGUUGAGGGUCUUACUGUCAAUGGUCUAUCCGGUGGUGGAACUUUUGAUGGUCAAGGACAAUCGGCGUGGAAGCAGAAUGAUUGUGCUAAGACCGGCUCUUGCAACAAUCUUCCUUACAAUUUCAGGUUCAACAUGCUAACAAACAGUAAAAUAAACGGGAUCAAAUCGUUGAACAGCAAGCUAUAUCACAUGGGAGUUUUGGGGUGCAAAAACUUAACACUAAACGAGUUAACUAUCGAAGCACCAAAAGACAGUCUUAAUACAGAUGGUAUGCACAUUGGACGUUCAAACGGGGUGUUUGUCACCAAUUCAAAGAUCGGUACAGGAGAUGAUUGUAUCUCUAUGGGCGAUGGAGCUGUCGACGUACACAUUGAAGGUAUCACAUGUGGUCCUGGUCAUGGUAUCAGUAUUGGAAGCAUGGGUAGGUACCCGAAUGAGGCUCCUAACAAAGGUAUCAUUGUUAAGAACUGCACCUUUACUAAUACCGACAACGGUGUUAGAAUCAAGAGUUGGAGAGGCUCUUAUGCAGCAACUGGUACUGAUCUUCAUUUUGAGGACAUCACUGUUAAAAAUGUGCUUAAUCCUGUUAUUAUCGAUCAAGAGUACUGCCCCUACGAACACUGCAAGGAUAAGACACCAUCAAAGGUUAAGCUCAGCAACAUCAGUUUCAAAAGAGUAAGAGGAAGUGCAACUUCAAAGGAGGCAGUGAAGCUGUUGUGCAGCAGUGGAGUUCCUUGUGACAAGGUCGAGCUUUCUGACAUCGACUUGACUUUCUCUGGUGGGGCUGCCGUCUCAGAGUGUAAAAAUGUUAAGCCAAUCAUUACUGGUAAGCAGAACCCUGCUGCAUGUGGUGCACCCGCUCAGGAUUCUGAUUCUAGGGCGUCAAAAUCUUCGUAAUCAAUUGACUAUGCACUUUACGUUUGUACGUAUCAAGUAUUUGACCGCUGAGCUGUACUCGUAUAAUUUUGUCAACUGCAUAGAUGUGUACUAGGAUGUCUUUGGUUUAGUACCUUUUCAAGACUAAUUUGUGGAUGCCUUGAUAACAUAUGAUUGUAAGAGAAUUUAUGCAAUAAUAUAACUUGAUUGAUA